CACAAUGGUGGGAAAUGUGUGACGCCAGAUGAAUGUCAAUGCAAGGCUGGAUGGAGUGGUCCUUUAUGUGAAACAGUCAUUUGCAAACCCAUUUGCCUAAAUGGUGGGACCUGUAUUCGCCCAAAUAUAUGUGCUUGCCCAUUUGGUUUCUUCGGGCUUCAGUGUCAAUCUGCAUUCUGCAAUCCUCCUUGUAAGAACAAAGGGCUAUGUAUGAGAAACAACCUCUGCUCCUGUAUGGAAGGUUAUGUUGGAAGAAGAUGUCAGAAAAGUAUCUGCCAUCCAAUGUGUAUGCAUGGUGGGAGAUGCACCAGGCCCAAUGUUUGUGACUGCCCAUUUGGCUGGAAAGGAAAGCAUUGUAGUAUACCUGUGUGUCUACCCAGCUGCACGAAUGGAGGUGAAUGCAUAGGGCCUAAUGUUUGCCAGUGCUCAGAAGGAUGGGCAGGCCUCAUAUGCCAAAUUCCUGUUUGUGAACCAAAAUGCCUGUUUGGAGGCCGAUGCAUCCAACCAAAUGUUUGUGCUUGUAGAAGUGGAUACAGUGGUCUUGACUGUGGAAAGAAGCUCUCCAUACGAUGACGAACACACUGGACAGUGAAGGUACACAUUUUGAAGUUGUUGUGCA